ACUAUGCGCGAACCUUACGCACACCGCCGCGCACACGUUCACCGCCACGCUCUGACCGCGGGAGAAAGUGCACUGGAAAUACGGGAUUUUGAUGCAGUGGAUACGGGUAACCUCGGCUUUUUGCUCCAUAUGAGGAAGAAAAUCGUGAGUGCUCCUUAUCUCCUCCUGAGUUUGUUCACAAGUUUGAAUUUGUGCUCCGGUAAAUUUGGCCAACCCAUCACAGACGAUGUGAGGACACUGGCUUUACUGAAGCAGAAUAUCCCCUCUGAUUAUGAGAUUCCUGUUCAAUAUAUUCCCAAAGAACUGGCUGGCAGGUGCUGGGUGGUGUUAAACAUCUAUCCUCUGGAGCAGAGUCUCAGAAGGCUUUCUGACAUGUUUGGAGCCAUUUCAUCCAAUAAAGACAACAUUGUGGUUUUCAUCGCCAUGCUCAAAAGUUUACGCUUCACAUUUGACCAUGAGGAGCUGGAAACAGCAAUGCAGCUCUUCCAGUGCCACUAUCAAGAGGGCUCCUUCUUGUCCGGUCUUUACUUCGAUUACAUCAACGACGUUUUAAACACAGCUUCAGAGGAGACGUCCAGCCUCUCCUGCAAACCUCCUCCGUGUCUCAACUCUCACACUUCUCCAGGGAGCCAUGAAGGGGGACAUCCAAAAAGCAGAAUAGUGUUGCUCUUUCUGCUCAUCCCCAUCACAGCUUGUGUUGUACUUGUGGUGUGGCUGGUCAAGUCCAAGAGGCCGUCUGCAGCCUGCAACUCUGAAAAUAACCCAGCGCCACCUUCUGACACCAUCUCGAGUGUGUCUAUCUCCGUCCCACUCCAAACAAUCGCCCACCACAGAGCAGCAGAGGAGACCGCCCCGGAGCACCAGAGUGGAUGAAACGCAAUUAAUGCACGUAAAUAGACGGAAACAGCAGCCUGAGGACUAUAUAAAUGUAUGCAGGCUUAUCCACAGAGGCUUCACCACUGCGGUCGCAACUCUUUCUCCACUUCCACACACUCAAGAGCAGGAGCCGGUUAGUGCACUUAUAAGACCAGGGGAACAUGCAG